AUGAUGAAUGCUCUACGAGUUAUUGUACUGGUCACUCAAAUUGGAUCGCUUGUAGCUGCUUUCGAACCGCUACGAUUAUCAUUUGAACAAAUGGAAACUCUAAUGAAGCAAUGUGGAGUAUUUCCUGAUGAAAAAUUCUCUACGAAGUCAAUACCGUUGGCUAUGCAUGGUCGCUUCAUCAAUAUUUCCAAAGCAGCCUGGGCUGUUCAUCUACAUACUGAGUAUCCAGGAUUCGAUGCUGAUUGCGGUGGAACACUCAUUUCCGAACAACAUGUUUUGACCGCAGCACAUUGCUUCUAUUCCGAAAUUUGUGCCAAUCAGGCGACAACGCCGAAACAAGACGAUACUUGGCUCGGAUCAUGGACAGUCUACUACAGUGGUGAAUGUCUUCCGUUCGCUGAAGAUCCAUGUGAACGUGGUCAGACAAAGGCAAAAGUAGCCGGAAUUAGAAGUGUUAUCGUUACCGGAGUAUUUUUCGAAUCAAAAUGCCGAGAAGGUGAUAUUGCGAUUGUUGAGCUGGAUGCAAAGGUACCUCCAUCAGCUGUCGCAACACCACUGUGUUUGGCGUCGAUGAAGUAUCAAAUCCCAAACAAAGCGAUGCUUGCAGCUUGGGGCUCUGAUGCAAGUCGCGUAAAAUCCGUUACAUCACUGAGCAUGAUAAACAUUACAACAAUGGCUUGUCCUACCGAUGCUGCAGCCAAUGUCAUUUGCGCAAGUGAAUCCCAAGACGAGAACAUAUGCCGGGGAGACAGUGGAGCCGGUAUGGUGUUCAGCGACCGAACUGGUCGACGGUACGUCAUCGGUAUUGCUUCAUUUGGUACUGACUGUCGGUCUAUACAAAUGGCACUUGACUACAGAGAUGGUAUUGUAAUCAGAUCGCCUCCUUACGAUACAUUCUUUUCAGAAUUUGGUGAAGUGGAUAAUUUGAACCGUAUGAAGGGAAGUAUUUUCACGGAUGUUCGCGGCUUCACUCGAUUCAUUUGUAAGUACACCGGUGUAUGUGUAGACGAUUUAUAUCUGAUACCGAACACAAAUACGAUCAAUGCAAGCAUCGUUCCGAAUACGAACGAUGCGACAAUCAUCCAUCGAAGCAUCCACUAA